AUGAACAAGGACCUUAUGGAAAAGUACCGUAACCGAGAUCGUCAAGAAAAGUAUGAAGUGGUAAAGUUCCUCAUGGCUUGCAAGAUGAAGGAUGUUGAGUUUUUAAGCAACCACGUUUCGAGAAUGCAACGAUACGUGGAUAGGCUCAUCAAACUGAAUGUGAAUUAUGAUGAAGAGUUGGCAAUCGACAUAGUGUUGAACUCUCUGCCAAGUUCUUAUGAUCAGUUCAUAUUGACCUAUCAUUUGAAUGAAAAUGAAACUACUUUAUCACAAUUUCACAACCUCCUUCAAAUAGUUGAAGCGCGAAUGAAGGGAAAGGGUGUUGCCUCCACUCCCAUUGCUACUCCUGUUGUGGCCAUUGGUCAAGGGAGUCCCAAGCUGAACUCCGCAUGUGAAGCAUCGAAGGAGGCUAUAUGGUUGAAGAACUUCAUCAUAGAUGUUGGAGUUGUUCGAGCCAUCAAGGAGCUAAUGGAGAUUUUCUGUGAUAAUGAAGGGGCAGUUGCAUUAAUGAAGGAACUAAGUGAUAAUGGCAGGUCAAGGCAUAUCAACAGAUAA